AGGCUUUCUAUUUUUUUUUUUUUUUUUUUUUUUUUCCCCCAGCCACCCAGCAUGCCCAGAACUAGGAGUGUUCCCACACUUUAUUUUCAAAUGUCUCCCAGGCAAGCUGCAGGGUUGAGUUGUGAUUUGUGGGGCGGGAAGGCCCGUGGAGUUUCUCCAGAUCUCCUAAACUACUGCUGUGCUGCUUAGAAAAUGACCAUCUGUAAUUGCAGCCUACGCCUUGACUUUCUGGGGCAUGGGAUGCAAAACCCAGAGGCAAAGUCAAACCUGACUGAUCUGCUCUUUUUGUACUUCUUAAAGGAAGCAGCGGUGUGAGCGUUGCGUGCGGCUCAGAGGGGCGUGCGGUGGUCUCGGCUCAGCCGUGUAGGUGUGUGCUGCAGCAGAACGCUUGUGAAAUUCCUGGGAGGCAAGAGGUAUGUGCUGGCUCCACUGGAAACCUGAACUGGGGCAACGGCGCUUCCUCCGAGCGAAAUGGGCGCCGCGUUCCAGGCUUGCACCAAAAGGGAAUUUUUCUUUCAAGCCUCACCCCCAGUAAUCCUCGAAGCCUCAUUGGCUUCCUGGGUUGAAAGACGGACUUGGAAGUCAGCGCCGCUUGGCUUGAUGUGGUGCUGCUUGGGGGCACCUGAUUCUGGCGCUGGAGGCCGGUUGAAAGUCGACGGGAGCCUCUGGGACCUGUAGCUGUUGCAUCCCGUGUAGCCAAGGCUCUUACCUGUCCUGCCUCUCCCCAUUGCUUGUGUCCGUGCCGCAGUGAGCCCCUCUCCUGGCACAGCAGCCACGUGAAGCGGCUGCCGUGACCCUGCAGGCUUUGCUGGCGCGAUGGCCGGUGAGGCGGCGAUGACGUGGCCUGGCACAGAGGGGACGUGCGUGUCCCCGGCCUCCGCAGCUGCAGCCUGGGCUAAAGAAGGCUGAGGCUGCCAGCGGUGGUGAGGAUAAUGGAGUGUGUCCUAUGGCAACGUGGCCGCCUGCCUGCCAGUGUGGUGGCUGGUAAGCACGGCCGGAGGACCGCAGAGGGCAAGACCGGCUGUGGAGGAAGAACUGGAGGCAGUGCUGAGGCUGCGGGGGGGCUGUCUCCCACCAGGAAACUCUGACGGGAGGAGGAGAGAAGGCCAGGGUGAGGUGAGGUGAGGUUGGCAGCAGGAGUGGAAAUGUUGGGUUGCAUCUCCAGCUCUGGUUCUCUUGGAUGCCUUGUGCUUCUCAGCACCAGCUCAGGGACAGGCAGGGACUGUAGCUAACACAGUGCGUCUUGCCUACCCCAGGCAUCUGCCGCGUGGCAGGAUGGAGCACCGAGUCCUGCUUGGCCACCUCCUUCUGCCAAGGCCUUUCAGCAGUUCAGCAGUGCUGAGAGCAGCAGGGACCUGUGGCGGGGGGCAGUUGUCCCAGCCUUUGGUAGAAGUCCUGGGGGUGGCCGCUCAGCCUGGGCAGCAGAAGCCCGGCAGCGCCACGCCAGCAGGCAUUGCCAUCACCUGCCUGCUUGGGUGCCACCGGCUGCGGGAGGUUUGGUCCUCGAGGGAACUUCGCCGGAGCUGCCCCUCAGUUUAUCUUUGAAUCGGAGGCAGAGACAAAAGCGGCGUGAUCCUUUUCUGGUGGGAUGCUGAGGGAUUCAUUAGUUCGUAGCUGCUCAGAGGUGCAAACUAAGAGCUGGUUGUUCAUAGUGCAUUGGGGCCUGAGUCUCAUCCUCAACUGCAUCUCUCCGUCCCUGCCAAAGUUUUUCUGCUACUACACAGAUGGAUGUGUUUUCAGCAAAUGUGGAAGAUUUAAAAAAAUAAAAUAAAAAGUAACUCCAAGCUUGGAAUCAUGCUGCCAGGGAGAAUGUUUACAAGGAAGCAGCCUGCUAAACAAGGCAAUUCGGUGAGUUGCAAAGAGGUGAAAUUCUACAGUGUGGCAACAAUUCCCAGCUUGUCAGAGCCUCACAGUGGUCCCAGCCACCUUGGGCUGGCUACAGGAUCUUCGUUUUUACAGGCAGCCUCAGGAAACUAGGUUGGCCUGAAAAAGUAACAGAAUUAUGUGAAACUUGUCUGAGUCACUGACCCUGCAUCUCCACUAGCUCUUUCAGGGCACUGCUUGUAGUGGAGGAAAGAGAAGGCUGCAGCUGAGAGAGGAGAUCUGCCCUUUCUGGUCACCACGAAUUUCAGAUCUCCUCCCCUAGCCUCUCCCAGGCUUUUGUACUUUCCGUGCUAAUCCAUCCAGUGCAGCGUAAACUGACAGAGGCAGCAGCUAGAAACCCUGCUCGGAAAGCUGCUCUGAACGCCCCAGGACCAGCAGCAGACAUGAACGUGAAAACUGUGCUGAUCCUCCUCGUCCUGGCUUUAGCCACGAUAUUUGCUUUAGUCUGUGUGUUGCUGACCAGAGGGAGGGCCCCCAGCACCUGCCAGCACCAGCCCCCGGAGCAGGAUGGUGCCGAUGAUGGGCAGAGCCUGGUCUUUGCCGACCUGACGCCCGAAGAGCUGGCGCAGGUGGUGCGGUACCUGCAGGGGAACCUCGGGGUGCCGCUGGUCGACGCCUCGCGUGCGAAACCCUCGGACAACUGCAUCGCCUCCGUGGACCUGCAGGUCCCCGCCAAGGCAGAGGUGCUGCGGUUCCUGGAUGGCGGGGGGGCCCGACCCCCGCGGGAGGCACUGGCUGUGCUCUACUUUGGGAACCAGCCGGAGCCCAACGUCACCGAGUACGUGGUGGGUCCGCUGCCGACACCGGCGUAUCACCGGGACGUCACGGUGCAGAAGUACGGGGGGAAGGUGCCGUAUCACCGCAGACCAACGCUGGCUGUUGAAUACAAACAGAUCGCAGGGUUUUUAAAAACCCAAGUGUUCUCCGCAGCUCCAUCUUUCAUGCAUCAAAACGUGAGCGGGUUCUUCGUGCACCCGGUGGGGCUGGAGGUGCUGGUGGACCACAGCAGCCUGGACAUCUCCCGGUGGGCGGUGAGCAAGGUCUUCUACAAUGGGCAGUACUACAGGGACAUGAUUCAGCUGGAGAGCGCCUACGUGCAAGGUCGCAUCAGCGUGGAGAAGGUGAAGAAGGCGCCGCGGGAUGGGGACUUCUCGUCCAUGAAGCCCCGUGCGCCUUCAGCCGCACUGUUCCCUUUGCAGUACGAGCCCCAGGGUCCGCGCUACAGCGUCAGGGACAACCGUGUCCUCUUCCAGGCCUGGAGCUUUGCCUUUGGGAUGAGCGUGCACAGGGGCCUGCGCCUGUUUGACAUCCGACACAAGGGGGAGAGGGUUGCCUAUGAAAUCAGCGUCCAAGAGGCGUUGUCAGUGUAUGGCUCCAACUGCCCUGGAGGGAUGUCAACGCGGUACAUGGACGGGAGCUUUGGCAUCGGGCACUACACCUCCCCCUUGGUGCGAGGUGUGGACUGCCCCUAUUUAGCAACGUACCGGGACGUGCACUACCUUGCUCAUUCCCAGGUCUCUAGAGUUAGUAAAAGUGCCCUCUGCAUCUUUGAGCAGAACCUGGGCUCCCCUCUGAGGCGCCACUACUCCAACCUGCAGUCGCUCUACUACGGGGGGCUGGUCAACUCUGCUCUGGUCAUUCGGUCCAUCGCCACCAUCGGCAACUAUGACUACGUGUGGGACUUCAUCUUCUACCAGAAUGGGGCCAUCGAAGGCAAGGUCCAGGCCACGGGCUAUGCGAGUUCAUCCUUUCUCCACGGGGAUGGCCUGAGAUACGGCAAUAGGGUUUGGGAGCACACGCUGGGUACAGUACACACCCAUUCCAUCAACUAUAAAGUGGACUUGGACGUCGGAGGUAGGUCUGGGUCUUCCUUUAAUGCCUGUUGUUAUACAGGUAAACCCUAGAGCUCUGGGGGUUUGACUCUUCGGCUGCAGAGUCCCUAAUAACUGGCAUGGGAACUCUGCUUUUGCACUCUCCUAACCUCUUUUUUUCAUUGCAAAACGAUUUUUGUAUGUAUAAAGUAGUCAGUCAAGGUCGUGGAGCUGAAGGCGGUGGGAAUUGUCUGGGAGCUUGGCGUUCAGCCCAGGGAAAGUAUGAAAGCUGUGUAGCAGUAUAGCCGUGGAAAAAUGUUUGUGUUUCCCCGAGGCCUCCCGGCUGGCACGGCGCGUGUUGCUGUAGCCAUGGCCAGGCAGACACAGCCCUGUUUGCAAGACCCAAGCUCUUGCGCCUGAUGCUGAUCCUGCUGCUCUUCAUGCCUCGAGGAAGUCCUUUUUCUAUCUCAACUGCCUGGCGUAAAGCAGGGCUGGCGCUCUGCGGGCUGAGCUUGUGCCGCUCAAUCCCUGCUUCUCUUUUGAGGAAACACUUGUAAGUUGGAUCCUGUCUCUCGGGCUGCAAAGGCGCUGCAGUGAGCCAGUGAAUUCCCCCGCUCCUGCACAGAGCCACGGUUCUUGGCGGCGGAUCCUGCAGAGGGUUAUUUGAGUCCAGGAGCAGCGCCUUGCCGCACCGCCUGGCUGGGCAGUGAAGUGCUGGCAUCCUCCAGGAGGCACAGGGAUGCUCUGCCGGGAAGGAUGGCUUGGUUCCCCUCAAAGACCAUUCCAGGAAGGUGCAAAGGCACUGGUGGUGCUGGGGGGCACAGACUGGCAGUGUUAGGUGUCUUGUUACUGAAACCUGUAAAAGGUAGGGGGGGGAAAUAUUUUAUAUCUGCACAGGACCAAAGAGAUCGGCGGUAGGCAGUGGGCAGCAUCUGCGCCAGCCUGAGCAGAAACGCAGGUCCGCUAACCCGUGCUGUCCCCUGGACUGUGGGGACUAAUUGGAGAGCUACUCGUGCCAAGCCGCAGCUGCCUCCUGUGCUCGUGUUCGGUCCCGGCAUGUGUCCCAUCCUGUGCCUGCCUGCGAUGCAGUGGUUUGUGUGGCUUUGAAAGGUGCUGCUGCUGUCGUUACAGUCAAAACCCGGGCUGAUGCUGGCUCCCUUUCUGUAAGUGAGGCUCAAAAGCGUGCUAAAACACAGUUCCUGCGUGGUGGCAAGAUCCUUUUCCGUGACUGCCAUCCCCCUCGGCUCCCUGCUCUGUUGGCAGACCCUGAGCCCAGGCUGCUGCAGAGUGCUCUUGGGAAGAGUCACGUAAAAUCCCAGAGUUGUGCCCUGUGGCGAGGGAGGGGAGUCCCGUCCAGAGCUCAGGGCCAUGCGGGAUGCUCGAGUCAUCCUGCAGGAUCCCCACCUUCUGAGUGUAGGGAAAGCAGUACUGCAGCGCCGCAAAAACGGGUCUUCUCCUGCACAGGUUUCUUGGAUGCUGAUCUGAGGCUGGUGUGGGACGCGCAGGGAAAAAGGGUGAUUAUUCCCUGGCUGGAAGUGAGAAUGAAAACAGAAGUUCCUAAAGUAACGUGAUCGCAGGAGCGGUAAAUCGAUCUGGUGCUGUAGGUGGCUUUAGCCCCUCUGCCUGUGCCCAGAUUGUCCCCCCAGAAGGGUGUGAAGUGGGCAAUGGUCUCUGGAAAGCCACCCGUGCUGCCGGUGAUGUGGGGGGCCAGCCUGGCAGGAGCUGGUGGCCACGAAGGAGCAGCCACCUCACACCACAGUGGGGUGGCCCCAGCCCCCAGCUCACCCCCUCCCAGGGGCUGCUCGCUGCUCCCCUCGCCAUGGAAGGUCCCCGUGCGGUCAGGAAUCCUGGACCUUCUCCUGACAGUAGCCAGUUCUGUCUGUGACAGCUCUGGUCCAAGGAUGGUGCCCACUGGAG